AUGAAGUUUUUAACCUCCAGAUCUUUGAUAUACAUAAGAACCAUCUUCCUUUUCACAGGAGCGUUCUGGGUGUCAACCGACCCCAAGUCCCUCAUUCACUCCAACUUUGUGUUACUUUUGGCCGAAGCCAUGCAGUUGCCCAUCAUUCCAGUGGAUAAAAAAAGCCCUCUGAACGGAUUAAUAGCCAUGUUUAUGACCAUCACCGCCCUAAGCGACUUGAUCCCAUGUAUGGCUGAUAACGUUCAAUACUUCGAGACGGUAGUGCCUACACGUUUGUUUGGCUUCUUCUGCUUGUGUGCCUACACAUAUUUGAUCGAGGACAGAAUAUUCAGUAAUAGCGUGGUAUUUGUGUACUCGUUUUUGGAGAUUUGGUUGAACCUCUUGAUCUUCAACAACUUGCGGGACGAGAAGUAUGUGCGGUUGAAGGAAUACAUCAACGAACACGGGGAGGAGAUGCAGCAGGAGGCGUCUGAACACGUGAGAGUCAUUGAAGAUUAG